AUGGCUCGACCGAAACAGAAACUCACCUACCUCGCUGGCGCACCGGAUGGCACCAUCCACCAGAAAAGCGCGGAACGGGAAAUCCGCGCCGUCGAGGUCGUGAUCCGAGUCACUCACUCGGGACUCUGUGGCACGGAUGUGCAUGAUCGCACGGCCGGCUGUGGACUGGGCCACGAAGGCGUCGGCAUCGUCGACAAGGUCGGCAGCGAGGUGACGGCGGUGGCGGUUGGUCAGAGAGUUGGUUGGGGCAUACAGCAUGCAUCUUGCGGUCGAUGUCGCGAAUGCCUCACCGGCUAUCGACAGUGCUGUCCAGAGUCUCGGGGCCAGAAAUACGGGGAGCGGGAGCAAGGCGCAUUCGGCGACUACGUGGUUAAGCAUCAGGACUUUGUGUUUCCCAUCCCCGACGCCAUUGAAUCCAAACAUGCUGGCCCGCUGAACUGUGCCGGGAUCACCGUCUACGAAGCCCUCCGUGUGGCCGAUACCCAACCUUCAGAUCGGGUCGGCGUAGUUGGCCUGGGCGGCCUGGGCCACUUGGCUGUCAUGUACGCGCGCGCCAUGGGAUGCGACGUCGUCGUCUUUUCCGGCACUGAGGCCAAGAGACCGGACGCCAUGGCUCUGGGUGCCACCGAGUUCUGCCUUCUGCCACCCGCAGACAAAGGUGCAGGUGCAGGUGCAGCCCGAGACCUGCCUGGGGGCGUCAAUGUGAAUGUCAAUGUCAUGCUCCUCUGCGGUGGCACCCUACCCGAUUUUGACAUAAUCAUGCCCUUGCUGGCACGCCGCGCCACCAUUGUCCCGCUCGUCAUUCAGACGAAGCCUCUUGUUAUCCCGUAUAUGCUUCUGUUGCUGGGCGGCCAUCGGAUCAUCGGAAGCACCGAGGCCACACGAGAGAACCAUGUGCAGGCCUUGAGGUUCGCUGCACGCCAUAGUAUUAAACCAUGGAUUGUGGAAUUCCCCAUGAACGUCGAGGGCCUGACGACGGCGUUGGCAGCGCUGGAGAGUGGGAAAGUCCGUUACCGCGCUGUGUUGAGUAGGGAAACCUAG